CCUGCCUGAAACCGCGCGAACGCGGCAUCGCAGGAUUCCUGAAAUUUUGCGAUCUGCCAGAGCCGCCAGUAGUCGCAUGGCAACUUACCGUAACAAAUAAACAAAAUCGGUGGCGAGGGUGAACCUAGACAAAAUCGGGGGUUAACGUGGGUGACAUUGAUCAAGUGCCGAUACAGGUUGACGAGGCUUUAAAUGAAUCGAUUAGGCUAGCUGUCAUAAAGGGUCAAACCAAAUCAACGCAAUCAUGGUUCAAAAAAUCUCAAGCUCAAGCAACAAUCUCAAAGAAGACGAGCCUAUGUUGGGUAGUACUUCGGUAGAUCCUGAACCAGAAAGUCAUUCUGUGGUAGAAGAUGCUUACAAAGAAUUAUCACGAAUCAUGAUGGCCGAUCCAGUCAAAACGACCAACCCUCUAGUCAACCUCGAACUGAUGGAGACCGCCUUAAAGAACCGAAACGUCCCCUUCGCCAAGAACCACAUGGAAGAACUGAACAAGCAAAUUAAUAAGGACAACGCCCUAGAGGUGGUAUUGAAAAUAGGCAAAUGGGUGCACUGGUCCGAGAAUCAGCCUGUGAAUUUUGAACCGUCCGCGCCGCCGCUGGUGGAAAACGACGAGGAACGAAAAGAUAACUGGAUGGUGGAACCACUACGUAGACUUCGUGAAAACUGCCUGCAUGUAAUUGAUCUCAAUGGUGAUAUGAUACUGAAAAAGAAGGAAAUCGAAAAUUUACAUUACAACGAUUUACUUGACAUGACGUCGCGGGACAGUCUCAUAGUGUCCAGCGAGUCGAUCAUCUACAGCGCUAUCAUGCGUUGGUACGAACAGGAAUGCGAAAGGAGAGCGCUAGAUAAGGACACCGCUAAUCCUAACUCGAUUCUCAAAGAUCUGAUUUAUACAACCAGAUACGGACUAAUGUCAGAAAAGGAAUUCCUCAGCCGUACCAUCGACGGUCACAAAGGACCAGAUAGAAUGGGGAUACUAAACGAAAGGGAAAUAAACGACAUCCUGGAGUACAUCAAACAGAGAGAAAAAAAGAAAAAAAUCCCUAAAGAGCUGCCCUUCAAGAUGUCCAAGAAGAGAACCAACGAACUCAAGCAAUGCAAGAAACACAGGAUGGAAACUUGCAUCAUAAAUAUGCUGAGCUGUUUGGUUGCUGUGUUCGAUUGAUAAACGGAAUGUAAUCAACUUAAUGCGAAUGCAAAAUGAAAUGAAAUUUGGAAAGCUAAAAAAGAAUCUUGAAAAAAUAGCAUUUGCUGAAAUAUUCAGUAAAUGUAAAAAAAGAGCGCUUUAGCUUUGUUUUUUUGUUACGAAUCGGCACCAAAAAGAAAGCAAAUAAAAACGACUUUAUACAGGGUAAAACAAUAAUAUUAUAAAUAAGCCAAACAUCGUCUUGUCACCUUUUUAACUUCUACAGUUUUAAGUAAUAAUACCUUCUUAAUGUGUAUGAUAAAAAAGUUGUAUAAUCGAAGAACCCAGCUAUUCCCAGCUAUAUUUUAAUGUAUUCAAACUAACCAAUUUUUAAUUAUACAUGCCUUUAUGGAAGUAUAAAAAUCAGUUUUUCGCAAAUAUCAUUUCACAAAAAAAAUUGAAUAAAAAAUGAAGCCUAGGUCUUCUUCUUCUUUCUCCUUUUUCGUAAUUUCUUCUUCUGUGUUCGUACAUUAAGUCCUGUGUUUUCUUCAAUGGUUCCCUAAGAACAGUUGGGAUGAUGAAGACCAGCUUUCAUACCAUCUUAUAGAUGGUCGUCCCGGCGGUCGAGGCGUGUUGGGUCUUUUCUCCUUAGUAAUUUUCGCGAACCGGUGGUUUGGCAUCCUGUCCACAUGGUCUCUCCACUCUCUUCUGGUUUUUGCCCAUCUUACUACAUCCUGUACUUCACAUGUUUCUCUUAUAUCCUCACUUCUUUUCUGGUCAUAUAAGGUAUAUCCUGUAAUUGAUCUAAGUGUUCGCAUUUCUGUUGUUCUUAGGAGCCGUUUUGUUGUUGUGUUCUCUGCUAUAGUCUCUAUCGCAUAUUAUGUUAUAACCGAUCUCACGCGAGCCUUAUAAAUUUUAACUUUGCUUCUGACGCUUAUAUAUUUCGCCAAAUAAUAUCCCUUAAAUAUCCUGAUAUUAAUGACGCCUUUGUUGUUUGGGUUUUUACUUCCUCUUUGAAAUUCCUAGUGCUUGUUAUAUUUGUCCCUAGAUAUUUAAAUGACAUCACUUGUUCUACACUCUGAGCAUAGAUUGCGAAUUUGCAUCAUCUAGGCUCUCUAGAUAUUGUAAGGGAUUUCGUUUUUUUCACAGAUAUUUGCAUGUUAAAUAGUUUUCCCGUUUGUUGGAACUUAUACAGAAGCUUUUGUAAGAUAUCUUCAUCUUCAGAUAUGAGUACUGCAUCGUCAGCAUAACAUAUUAUUUUUAUUUCUUUAUCUCCCAGUCGAUAUCCUCUACCAGCUUGUUUUACUUCAUUUAUGAUUUCUUCCAUUACGAAACAUACAUAUUUUUCUGCUUAGUUACAUAGGCCGCUCUUACAUAUGUGUAAUUCUCGGUAUCCAACUCUUCGAUAACUUUUAUAAUAUUAGACUGAAUUCUCCUUAGGUCAUUGAGCCUAGGUCAUUAACUACAAAAAAUAUUCUGACACUUUUUUUCGUAAAGUCCCAAGAAAACGGUUAAAAACAGCCCUAAAGGAUCAAAGAACGGGGUUUCCGCCAAUAUUGGCCAAAAAUACUGCAUGUAGAUAUUUCUAUUGAUCGCCAAAUGGAAGAUUGGAUCCUUAACUAAAAAAAAUGAUCCUGGCACUUUUUCGACAAAAAAGAACGAAACAAAAACGAAACAAAUUCGACUAUUCGUAAUUAAGAAAUUUUCUUUUGUUUACGACACUUUCCGGAAAUCCCAAAAAAGCGGAAAAGCCACUCACAAAUAGUUUCUUCUAAACAUCUAAAACUUUUUGAGUUGCUUAAAGAGACUCUAAGAACAACUGUUAAAAAAUAGUUAAGCUAUUAUUAGUGAAUAUGAAUAAAUUUGUAAAAGUCUGGAAAUUUUUAAGCGAAGGAAUAUUUGCCCGUUUUUUUUAUUACCAUAAAAGAUGACAAAAUUCAAACAAGUUCCAAAAUGUGAUUUCUGUUGAUUCCACCUUUUAAAUGAAGUUUGAAUCAUCAAAAAAUAAAAUUUUUCCUAUCAAUCAAUGAGACGCUAAUGACAUCUAUCUUCAGAAUGUUAAAACUGGAAGAGGAAAUUCAGGGAUCUUCGAGGCGGAAUAUCUCAAAAACUACCAAUUCUGUGUAAAAAAUGAUAAGAACCAUUUUUGUAGGUAAUUAUCUAUCAGUAUCUAUUAAUUAUCUAUUAGUAUCAGCUUCGUUUUUUAUUCCAAGAAAAAAUUUGUAAAUUGCAUAUUUUGGCAGAUAUUUGCGAUAUGCUGAUUUUUUUAUAUACAGAAGAUACCAAAAAAUAGUUUGGUUAUAAUUUCUAGUAAUAUUUUUUUUUAAAAAUAAUAAAAAUCCGUCUUCUUAUUUAUAAUCAACAAAAAUCCAUCUUUAGAUGGAUUUUUGAACCACAUGACAAUAUCUGAAUAUCUUUGAAUUUUUCUACACUUAUUUCAUCUUCAUAAUGGAAGAUAAUCUAAGUGUAUGAGAGACACACAUAAAUCUCUAGAUAAUUUAUUUACUUAUACCAAUAACUAUUAAAUAUUCAGUGACAUUUUUUUUAUAUUGACUGACUACCUCAAAUAAGAUUCUGUGACAUUUUAGUUAAAAAGUUAGUACUAUUUGUCGCUUUUUGACAGCCCACAUUCAACCGGCCAUUACAGGGAACUUUAUUUCAUUAAUUUUUACUAAUGACAGAAAAAAACUUUUAUUCGAUUAUUAUACAACUUUUGGAUCAUAAAGUAAACUAGAUUGAUACUAUAAAAUUUAUAUUACACAUUUUAUAUAAGAAAUAUAAGAAUUCUAUAUUAUUCUAUUUCAUGUUAAAUGUUCAAUGUUUUGUACCCUGUAUGUAUCAAUUACUUAGAUGUUUAAUAAGCUUCUUAAUGCAAUUCUAGUGUGCCAUGAUAUAUUUUAGCCCUUGAAAUGUUUUAUCGCUGAUCAAUGACUGAGAUCAACAUGUUUUUAAUAUUGUGUUAGUAAUACAGAGCCAAUC